ACGGGGUAAACUUGUAUGGGCAGUAAAUAUUUAAUUUCAAAAUGGAUCUUAAACCAUCACACAUUUUUUAUUCGCAAGAUUCUAUCAAUAAUUUCUUUGGUAAGCGACCAUCGCACAACAGAACAAAAAAUGGAGAAACCUUGGAUAACAUCUGUGAAGGAAGAUGUCAUGUCUCGUCAAUUCCAACCAUAACGGUGGUAAAACGCGAUAGAAAAUGGGUUACCGCAGACAAUCGACGCCUAUGGGUUUUUCAUCAGUUUGAAAGGCUUGAAAAAUGCGACACAAUACUGGUGCGCAUUUCAACAUAUAUACCCGCAGCAAAGCUGACAUCGAAUAACGGGCUGACGUCCGUUCGCGUUUGUGGACCUGCAGGAGGGUAUUGGCAUAACAAACCAAAACAACAAGAAUAUCCAGUUCAAUCGACAAUGCAAAUAACAAACCAAGCCUCCGUGCAUCUCUCGGGAUACAAAGUAAAUGAAUCGAUUGCAAGUCAAACUCUUUUCGCGUCCAACGCACCAUCCGAAUACAAGGCUACAAAACUAAAACCGCAAUAUGAUAUUCACAUGAAUUAUUCGCCUCCGACUUGUUUUGGAUAUUCGUCUGUACCAACGCGGAUGACAUCUGCGCCGAAAUCCAUCGUUGAUCAUCCUUCUCUACUGACAAAAUGUUCGACUUCAGAAAGUUUCCAAACCAACCCUAUAAGAAGUGGUUUGCACUCGACCUACAAAGCCAAAGUCCCAGCUACUCCGAUAAGGUAUUCGUUAUCCAAAUACCCGACCUUUUCCGAUAUCAGUAAGGCACAAAAUGAUCAUAGUCAUCGAUAUACACGCACUUCAGUAUCGCAAAACAGUGAUCAGAGAAGUUAUUCGAAGCAAGGUGGGCUUUCCGUAUCGCAGGACCUUGAUCAGCAUGACAAUUAUUCAAAGCAAGGUGCUUGUUCAGUGUCACAAUACCGUAAUCAUUUGAGUGCUUGUACAAAGCAAGGUAAUUCUUCAAUAUCAACGGUCAAAGACUCUUCUGUUUACCACAGCUUCGUUCGUGCUACAGAACCUAACCCGUACGCAUCAGAACCACACUACAUCUUGCCAACAAGCCGGCAUUAUCCAUUCACGACUGAGAAUGAUUAUGAUUGAUUAAUUUACAAUGAAGAUUAUGAUGAUUUCAAUGAAGAGGAACAAUAUAAUAGUUUAACAAUGAAUGAAGAUUGUGAUCAAUUAACGACUGAGGACGACAAUGAUCAAGUAACGGCUGAGGACCACUAUGAUAAUUUUCCGACCGAUUAUGAUCAAUUUACCACUGACGACGAUUUUGAUCAAUUUACGACUGAAGACGAUUAUGAUCAAUUUACGCCUGAGUACGAUUAUGAUCAAUAUACCACUGAGGACGAUUAUGAUUUAUACACGUGUGAGGGUGACCAAAUUGAAUAUGAUUAUUAUGACUAUGACCUUUGAAUCAAAUUCUUAAUAAAAAAAGGUAACUGUGAAUGUAUUUCGAUAUUGCCGUACGAGAUUUCAAAAUAUGUAUGCAUAAAAGUAUGGAACAUGCUAAAACACUUAAUUAGAUUCAGUGAAUAUAGUAUUUUAUAAAAAAUAAAAUGUAUAUAUUAAUUUUGAUAUAAGGUAUUUUUAAUAGUACAAUAUAAGGUAUUAAAUUUUUAAGUUCCUUAAUACUGUAUAAAUACAUUACAUAAUCUGUUUUAAAAGACCACUACCGAUUAAGACAUUCUGUUUUAAGAGUAUUGCUUUUAAUUGAAGUGGUUGUAUAAAGCCUGUUACAGACAUUUACAUGUACUUUCAUAACCCAUACAUCUUACAUACAUUGAUAUUAGCAUGACAGAAUAAUAACUGAAUUGCUACAUUCAUCAACUUUAUUAUAUUAAAUAGUUGCACAAAUAUUAAUUUGGUCAGAUUAUCUUAAAUUGCUUUUUAAAAUUUAAACAUAACAUAACACCCCUUUUAAUAGGGAAGUGGACAACGACAACGAGCGAGGCAUGGUAUAGGGGAGAUAAC